CUAUGUGAGCGCGCGUGCGCGUGUUUGCAAUUGCAUUUAGUUUUCAUUAAAUAAAAGAACAAAUAAACAUCACAAAAAGUCACAAAUAAAAGAUGUAAACCUGAAUUCUACAACCAUCAAAUUCUUAUUCCUCUAUGUUUCGGCCUUUUUAUCAAAAUUUUCAGUAUUUUUACGUAAUAUUAAGCUCUAAAUAUCAAUUUGUCAUUUCUUGAAUGUUAAAUAAUAUAUAAAUCAACAUAAAAUGUCUAAAACACGAAUUAUUGAUCAGACUGACGUAAUUUGUGGAUUAAAAGCUGCGGUAACAGCUCUUGAAUGUCAUCAUAACGUGCAAAUACUGAAGGGACAAAAAGAGAAGAUAAAACAUGAAGAUAUAACACCGUCAAGUGUGCACGUCGUAAUACCUAUACGAGUUGAUACGCAUGUUGCAAAGAAAAAAUCAAAAAGUAAGUUAAAAUGCGAGACGUGUGUCUCCUCAAAGAGAUCAUGUGACAAGAUCCGAAGACGCAGAGAAGAAAAGAGUAAAGUUGAUCAGUGCAAGGUGCGGGACAUAUCUCGUUUAAUUUUUCCGGAGAUGCGAGGAGGCAUACUAUAUUCGAGGUGCUGCUGCUUGCAUCGAGACGGUCUUCAAGAUCAUUGUCCUCUAUCGCAGUGUCAAGGACAACCGGAAUGUCUUACCAAACCAUGGGCUAUAUGCCCACCAGGAAGAUUUGUCAGAUCGCGUUAUCCAGAAUUGUACCCCACUUAUAAAGCAGAUUGCGUCACAUAGCAUAUUUAAAAAAAAAAGAAAAAAGCUACGAGUCCCUCGAAAUUUAUUUCAAUCACAGAUAAAAUUACAAUGUACAGUUUUUGUAGGUAAAGUUACUAAACACUUUAAUAAAUUGGGAUAUUAUUAUCGAAAUUCAGAUUUUUCUUCAACUGAAAGCCACGAAACAUUUUUAAACAUUAUUUAAUAAUAUGUGUCCUUGAAAAUCAUGUGACUCCAAAGAAAAAUGUCAUUUCUUCCUGUAGCGCCUUGCUUCCGAAGAAAUUUGAGUGUAUUGAUUAGAGAUUAAAAUAUUCAGCAAAUAUAUCUAAUAUGUUUUAAGUACCAG